ACUCCAACUCAAGUUGCUGUAACGUGUAGCUCUUCAGCUCACAUUGAGGACCACAACUUUCACGACUGCACCUCCCAUGACAGCAUAGGAAAACAAGACAAACGAAGACAAACAAACAGGGAAGCAGAAGGAAAACAACGGACUCGUACUGACUGAAAUUGUUGAAGGAAUUUACUGUGGCGCAGCGUGCGUAAAGGGCGCACUGGCCACUUUGCUGCGCGCUUGAAUUUAGUGGUAACGUUUCUUUUUUUUUCUUUAAUUGAAGAUUACAGCUUAUUUUUUCGGAUUUUCAUCUCUAAGGAACUGAACAAAUAAUGUUAAAAAUGACAGAGGAGCAUGACAAAUGUGUCAGCGACCAACCUUGCAGCCCAUCGGGCACAAACAGCUCCAUGUCCCAGGACGAGUCCGACUCCGAUGCUCCGUCCUCACCGACAGGCUCCGACGGCCAAGUAUCUCUGCUCAGAGGUUUGGGCAAGAAGCUGGACUCCGAGGAUGACGACCGGUUCCCAGCUUGCAUACGGGAUGCCGUCUCUCAGGUCCUCAAGGGAUACGACUGGUCCUUGGUGCCCAUGCCCGUGAGAGGGAACGGAUCCUUGAAGAAUAAACCUCACGUCAAGAGACCCAUGAAUGCCUUCAUGGUCUGGGCGCAAGCGGCCCGCAGAAAGCUGGCGGAUCAGUAUCCACACCUGCACAACGCAGAACUGAGCAAGACGCUGGGGAAACUGUGGCGCUUGCUUUCAGAGAGUGAAAAAAGGCCAUUUGUAGAUGAAGCAGAAAGGCUUCGGGUUCAGCACAAGAAAGAUCAUCCAGACUACAAGUACCAACCUCGGCGACGGAAGAAUGUAAAACCAGGUCAGAGCGACUCAGACUCAGGAGCAGAGCUGGCACAUCACAUCUAUAAAGCUGAACCAGGGAUGGGAGGACUUGCAGGGAUGACUGAUGGACACCACCACCCUGAACAUGCAGGGCAACCUCACGGUCCCCCUACACCACCCACGACUCCCAAAACAGACCUGCACCAUGGGGUGAAGCAGGAUCUGAAACACGAAGGCCGUCGCCUCGUCGACAGCAGCAGGCAAAACAUUGACUUCAGCAACGUUGACAUCUCUGAGCUCAGCACUGAUGUCAUCAGCAACAUGGAGACCUUCGAUGUGCACGAGUUUGACCAGUACCUCCCGCUGAAUGGCCACGCCUCAGGCUCCUCCACCCUGCCCUCAGACCACAGCCAUGGGCAGGCUCCAGCGGCCGGUGGCUCUUACACUUCCUCAUACAGCCACCCAGGCGCCAACGGAUCAGCUUGGAGCCGCAAGAACACCAUGUCCACCUCCUCUCCCUCCACCAGCGAAGUGGGCCAGCACCGGCUCCACAUUAAAACGGAGCAACUGAGCCCUAGCCACUACAGCGAGCACUCCCACGGGUCACCCUCCCACUCUGAUUACGGCUCCUACAAUAGCCAGGCCUGUGUCACCUCAGCCACAUCAGCUGCCUCGGCCGCAGCCUCUUUCUCCAGCUCCCAGUGUGACUAUACUGACCUCCAGAGCUCCAACUAUUACAACCCUUACUCUGGCUACCCCUCCAGCCUCUACCAGUACCCUUACUUCCACUCAUCUAGGCGGCCCUAUGGCAGCCCGAUCCUCAACAGCCUGUCUAUGGCUCCUGCCCAUAGCCCCACCGCCUCCAGCUGGGACCAGCCCGUCUACACCACGCUGUCUAGACCUUAGGGGCGCAAGAAACAGUCAGUUCGCACCAGAGACUCAUUCAGAUUCAUGCACUACUAAUGAAGGAAGUAAGGAGCAGGUGGAGAAGUGUGUAGACGGUAGUAGGCUACCUGUGACCAUUUGAACGUGAAACAAAACAAAUGAAAAAGUGCCUGCUGAUUUUAUACAAAGUUAUAUCGUUGCAAUGAAAACACACUUGUACAGACUUUUUACACAGAGAGAAAUUGUGUUGUUGGUGAGCCAAACUCCUCCAUGAGGACAUAUCGCCUACGCCUACAUCCUGUACAUCCCCCUUCUUGUCAGUUUAAAAUUGCACGUGUGUGCACACUUGAGGUAAAGCGAGGGCCCGUCACUGAGUUGUGUAGGAGAGAAACAGUUUGGCCCACUUCUGUGGUGAAGCAGAAGGAGAAGCAGAUACAUUGGAGAAUGUACACGGGACCAAUUACGUAAAUUUUGCAGGAGAAUUUACAUUAAUGGCCGCAGCUAUAUCGCAGCACAUUUGGCCAUUUGCAUCAGUGGCCCAGUCUUAACUAAAUGGCUCAUAUGAAUCUUAUAGUGUCAUUUUGGCAUAUAUGUAUUUAUGUUCAUGCAUUAUUGGUUUCUUUUUUUGUUGUUCUUAAGUAGAUAAACACAUGUAAUGUGGGUUUGGUUUUUUACAGUACUGUUUUGGCUUUUAAUGAAAACAAGGUAAAUGAAGUGAAGGACAGUACAAGUACAUUGCAUCUGAUAUCAUUCCGUUGAAGACCAAUAUCCAGAAACAUCUCCAUUCCAAGUUGCGAGCAAACAGUGCAGGACCAAUAGACUCGCACAGGACAGAACAGGUGUCUGAGAGCUAUGCUUGGCAAAUUGCGAUUAGUCAUGAUCUAGGGUUAAAGGAAAUGGGGUAAAAUAACACCACACUCUCUGAGUGACAUGUCAGCUGGACCUCCUGUAUACGUGGAUGGACAACACAUGGAUGUGUGUACGUACAUGCAUCCGCGUGUGUGUGUCAGGGAGACAAAGUGUAUAUGUGAGACAUUCCCUUUGGCAAGAGAUACAUAUCCCAUGACUUAAUACAUACCAAAUAAUAUUUAAAACAGCUCUUCGCUGAUAAUUACCUUUGAACAUCAUCCGUUACUCAGUGAAGGGUGUUUAGGUUUUAAAGAGGAAAGGAGUCAAUGUGUGAGUAUUUGCCCAUAUUUAUCUCAUCAGCCAUCAAGUGCCAACUCACUGCUCCAGUCUCGCGCAAAAUGUUUUUGUGCCUUCUAAUGCUUAUUGUCAGUAUUUCAAUAUGAAAUUGAAUUAUUAACAAACUUCAGGCAGCACACAAUCAGUAAUCCACACCAGAAACUCCGACAGUUAACUUGCUCUUGAUUAUAUCCUUAAUUUGACAUCAUUCCUUACAGUCUUGGUUUGUAAUGUUCUGUGAGAUGCUGUGCGAGAAACGUACAGAGCAUUGUGCUCCAAGUUUUGUACACAGAACUGUGUUUUGUAUAUUAUUAUGGUGUAUAAUUUUGAGAAAGGCUGUGAAAAUUAUUGUUGUUCUAUUAACUAGAGUUUCAUUCCCACAUGCACAGCUAACCCAUUCGCUGGCCGUUUUUUAAAAUAAAAGAUACUUUUUCUUGA